AUGAGGCUACGGUUUGGGAUGAUGACCCCCACUCUACUUGAUUUGGCAGCUAUCGUCAACCUCCGUCCACAUGGUGUGGCUUACUCAGAAGUUAACCUUCCGAAACACAUUUUGGAGCCAGACUACGACAAGCCCAACAAGAAUUUCAACAAAUGGAUCAAACCCAACUUUACCUAUGUCGGGUUAUCCUCCAGAGCUCCGAUAGGUUCAAAAAAUAGUGUAUCUUACAUGGAGCAUGUGGCUUUUCUUCAAAUGUGGCUAUGCAAAUUCUAG